AAUAAUAGAAACCAUAAGAUUUAAAGAAGACAAUUUAGAGUGAGUGAGUGAGUGAGUAAGAAGAGAUGGCAAAGCCUGUGCAAAUUGAAGUGUGGAAUCCAAAUGGAAAAUACAGAGUUGUUAGCACCAAAUCUAUGCCUGGGACUAGAUGGAUUAAUCUUCUCAUUCAACAAGAUUGUCGUCUCGAAAUAUGCACUGAGAAGAAAACUAUUUUAUCAGUUGAUGACAUUCUUGCUCUUAUUGGAGAUAGGUGCGAUGGAGUCAUUGGCCAGUUGACAGAAGACUGGGGAGAGACACUUUUCUCUGCAUUAAGCAGGGCUGGAGGGAAAGCUUUCAGUAACAUGGCUGUAGGAUACAACAAUGUUGAUGUCGAAGCUGCCAACAAGUAUGGUGUUGCUGUUGGAAACACACCUGGAGUACUGACAGAGACUACAGCAGAGUUAGCGGCUUCACUUUCUUUAGCUGCAGCGAGAAGAAUUGUGGAGGCAGAUGAGUUCAUGAGAGCUGGCAAAUAUGAAGGAUGGCUUCCACAUUUGUUUGUGGGGAACUUACUUAAAGGACAAACGGUUGGUGUGAUUGGGGCUGGUCGUAUUGGAUCUGCUUAUGCUAGAAUGAUGGUUGAAGGCUUCAAAAUGAACUUGAUAUACUACGACCUGUAUCAAUCUACUCGUCUAGAAAAAUUUGUGACAGCCUAUGGUCAGUUUCUGAAAGCCAAUGGUGAACAGCCUGUAACAUGGAAAAGAGCUGCAUCCAUGGAGGAGGUCCUCCGAGAGGCUGAUGUGAUAAGUCUACAUCCGAUCCUUGAUAAAACAACGUACCACCUUGUAAACAAAGAACGACUUGCAAUGAUGAAGAAGGAAGCAAUACUUGUGAACUGUAGUAGGGGGCCUGUGAUUGAUGAAGUAGCGCUUGUUGAGCAUCUGAGGGAAAAUCCCAUGUUCCGUGUUGGCCUUGAUGUCUUUGAGGAUGAGCCCUACAUGAAACCCGGUCUUGCAGACAUGAAGAAUGCUGUUGUGGUGCCCCACAUAGCUUCUGCUUCUAAGUGGACUCGUGAGGGAAUGGCUACACUGGCUGCUCUGAACGUUCUGGGAAAAAUUAAAGGCUAUCCAAUUUGGAGUAAUCCAAACAGCGUGGAAGCGUUCUUAAAUGAGAAUGCACCGGCCCCUGCUGCAUGUCCAAGCAUUGUGAAUUCAAAAGCUUUAGGCUUACCUGUUUCAAAGCUGUGAAGUUGAAAUGUUUAAGUGAUUCAACAUUUGCCAGAUUAUUGGAAAUGUCUAUUUCAAGCUUGAAAAGGAGCUAAUAAUGUUUGGAAACUUUGUUAUAUAAUGUAUCACUCAUUUGUCUA